CACUGGUAGUAGGGAGAGCUGGAGGUGGGUCGGGAGACUGGCUGUUCAGAACCGCCGCAGCGAGGAGCUCGUUUCCAUCGCGGCACCACGGCCCCCUCCUCAAGCCCCGAGCCCGGUGCGGCUGCUCGGGGGGCUCCUUCAGGCUCCUUGACGCCGCUCCAAGAGGCGCCUACCCAGGCAUCGCCUGGGCCUCUAGCCAGAGGACUGGCUCCCGGCUUCAGCACUCCCAGCCGCAGUAAGAAGUGCCCUUGUCGUCCUGCGCCCUGCCCCCCUCCCUGAGCCACAGAGACCCUGGUCCAGAGCGACAGCCUUGGACCUGGGAUUUCACGAAUCCAAAACGCUCAGUCCCGGUCCCCCACAAACGGGGCUUUGCAUCGUCUCCAUGUCACCCACUGUCUCACACAAGGACAGCAGUCGGCAACGGCGACCAGGGACUUUUAACCACUCUCUGGAUAUGAAGAGCGGUCCUUUGCCGCCGGGCAGCUGGGAUGACAAUCAUCCGGACCCGGUGGGCAGGGAAGGGGACCAGGAAGCUCUUCUGAGUGAUACCAGCACUGGUGACUUUUCCAAAGCCCCACGGAGCUUCCGGGCCGAAAUAAGCAGCAUUUUGCUGCUGCUCUUCCUUUAUGUACUUCAGGGCAUUCCGUUGGGCUUGGCGGGAAGCAUCCCACUCAUUUUGCAGAGCAGAAAUGUUAGCUAUACUGACCAAGCUUUCUUCAGUUUUGUUUUUUGGCCAUUCAGUCUCAAAUUGCUCUGGGCACCGUUGGUUGAUGCGGUCUACUUUAAGAACUUCGGUCGUCGCAAAUCUUGGCUUGUCCCUACGCAGUAUGUACUAGGAUUCUUCAUGAUCUAUUUAUCUACACAAGUAGACCGUAUGCUAGGGAAUACGGAUGGCAGAGCACCCGAUGUGGUUGCUCUCACUGUGACAUUCUUUUUGUUUGAAUUCCUGGCCGCCACUCAGGACAUCGCUGUGGAUGGUUGGGCGUUAACUAUGUUAUCCCGGGAAAAUGUGGGUUAUGCUUCUACAUGCAAUUCGGUGGGCCAGACAGCGGGCUACUUUUUGGGCAAUGUUUUGUUUUUGGCCCUUGAAUCUGCAGACUUUUGUAACAAAUAUUUGCGGUUUCAGCCUCAACCCGGGGGAAUCAUUACUCUUUCAGAUUUCCUUUUUUUCUGGGGAACUGUAUUUUUAAUAACAACGACAUUAGUUGCCCUUCUGAAAAAAGAAAACAAAGAAGUAUCAGUAGUAAAAGAAGAAACACAAGGAAUCACAGAUACUUACAAGCUUCUUUUUGCCAUUAUAAAAAUGCCAGCAGUUCUGACAUUUUGCCUUCUAAUUCUAACUGCAAAGAUUGGUUUUUCAGCAGCAGAUGCAGUAACAGGACUGAAAUUGAUAGAAGAGGGAGUACCCAAAGAACACUUAGCCUUAUUGGCAGUUCCAAUGGUUCCUUUGCAGAUAAUAUUGCCUCUGAUUAUCAGCAAAUACACUGCAGGUCCCCAGCCACUAAACAUAUUUUACAAAGCCAUGCCCUACAGAUUAUUGCUUGGAUUAGAAUAUGCCCUACUGGUUUGGUGGACUCCUAAAGUAGAACAUCAAGGGGGAUUCCCUAUAUACUACUAUAUUAUAGUGCUUCUGAGUUAUGCAUUACAUCAGGUUACAUUGUACAGCAUGUAUGUUUCUAUAAUGGCUUUCAAUGCAAAGGUUAGUGACCCGCUUAUUGGAGGAACAUACAUGACUCUCUUAAAUACCGUGUCCAAUCUGGGAGGAAACUGGCCUUCUACAGUAGCUCUUUGGUUGGUAGACCCCCUCACAGUGAAAGAAUGUGUAGGAGCAUCAAACCAGAAUUGUCAAGCACCUGAUGCUGUUGAGCUUUGCAAAAAACUUGGUGGUUCGUGUGUUACAGCACUGGAUGGUUAUUAUGUGGAGUCCAUUAUUUGUGUUUUUAUUGGAUUUGGUUGGUGGUUCUUUCUUGGUCCAAAAUUUAAAAAGUUACAGGAUGAAGGAUCAUCUUCAUGGAAGUGCAGAAGGAGCAAUUAAUGCAUAUACUACCUGACAUUCUAGAAAGGUUCAAUUUUAGAGUCGGGUAUUUAUAAGUAAUGGAGGAUAAAAUGGGUGGGAGAAAAUGGCACACAGCAUAUGAAGAAAGAUGGGGCAGUGGCCUCUAGAACUCAUGUAUUGCCGUUGGAAAGCAUGUGUUGGGCAUUGAUGUCAGAUCCUGAAGAAUCACCUGGAAAGAUAACUGUCCUAGAGGCAAGGAGGCUACACCAAACAAGAGACUACAAUACUCUGUCACAAGGUUUUCCAUCAUCAUGUAUUACAAUCAAAAUGUUUACUUGAAUAAAGAAAAAACCCACAUAACUCUCAUAUCUGAAAUGUAUUUUGACUUUUUAAUUUUGGGAUUAAGAAGCUCAGAUUGCCAUAAUCUUAUAUUUCUUCCCAUUCAUAAUAUUACAAAUUAUAUUUUCAAACAUAAUUUCAAGUCUGAACAUCUUUAAUGACUUGAAGUUUUACAACAUAUUUAAAGCCUUUAACAAUAAAGUGAAAGCCAUUAAUUGCAUUUGCUCUAAAAAUGAACAAAAAACUGGGGCUGGUAAGUUAGCUCAGUUGGUUAGAGUGUGGCGCUAACAACACCAAAGUGAAGGGUUCAGACAACCGGAUAGGCCAGAUGCCAGAAAAAAAAAAAAAAGUAUAAAAAUGAACAAAAAAUUAUUUUGAAUUGCAGUCAUUGGUAAUUUGAGUACGUUUUAAUGCAUACCAAAAUUUAAUUGAUAAUAGCUGUGUACAACUGUGUUGCACACAUUGAUCACUUAUGACAUUUAAAACUGAUCUACCUGAAUCUGAGUUCAUAGUAAAUAAGUAAUACUAAAAAGUACUGCCCUAUUUUUGUGUGUGAGUGUUUUUCUUGAUUGAUUGAUCCUGAUAAAUUAAACUCUACCUUCAAGAAUGGACAUUAACUCCUCCAGUUAAUGCAUUAUAUAUUCACUGGCUAGUAUUAGAUUGAACCUUUGUGUCUUGAUGUCAGUAUCUUCACAUGCACAUUGGUUGCAACAUGUAUACAUUCAAGUUUGAAAAGUUCUUAUAAGAUUAGCUAAAAUUAAAACCCCAGACUCUCCAUUAUAAAUAUUUUAAUUUCACCUGAUUAAUCAUAAAAAGUUUAUUCAACAACUUAAAUAGAUUUCUCUAGAAUUUUUUAUACAAGUAUUAAACCUUUGGAAUCUAAAUAUACCAUCUAAAGCUAUUGUUGGAUUUCAUCCCUUUAUUGCUAGGGUUUUUAUCCUAAACAGAUGUCAGUGUGCCCUGGAAACCCCUGAAUUGCUUGCAAAAUUCUGUAUAUGUAGUUUUUUGUUUUUCUGGACAGAGCUCUUGUUAAAAUCUUGAAAGAGUUGUGAUCCAAAAAAGUGUAAAAUCCAUGGCCUUGAAUGUGGGCUGUGCUAUAUGAAUCAUAAUCAUAAAUGUGAAAUAAUAGUUACAAAAUUAAUUGUUUAAAGCAACCUGAAAGCAAUGUUAAAAGAAAAGUCUAUUAUGAAAACUGGAAAAUCUCUGCAUUUGUGUCAUUGAAUUUGAACCUUGAAGGAAUUAGAGUAGGUAAGACAUUACCAGUAGAAGAGAAACCAUAAGAGUGAAUUAUAUUCCACAAAAAUCAUAUCAGAGUCAAUUAACCCUUUUUUCUGUAUGGAUGACUUAUUUUGCCUUGUUAACAGAAACCAAAGAAAGUGUGUUGUUUUGUAUAAAAUGGCUGAGAUUAUUUAAUAUUACAGAUGACAAAAUUUGUUUUUGUAUUUUGAGGGAUCAUGUUUUUCCAAGUAGUUGAAAGAACAAGCAAAGCUAUAUAACACAAACCCUGCUAAAAAUAAACAAUUUGUU